AUGGCGGCGGCCGAAUCGGCGAGGGUCCAGGAAGCACAGAAGCUCGCCAAGUCUGACCCUCGAAAGGCUGAGGCCAUCUACAAGGACAUCAUCUCCAAGGCUCCCAGCACCACAUCCGAUGCUGCCACUCGCGAGUAUGAGACUGCUCUGAUCAGCUUAGGAGAGCUGUAUCGAGAUGAGAAGAAUACCCAAGAGUUGGUGACCCUGGUCAAGGAGAGUAGAACGGUCUUCUCUUCUUUCGCAAAGGCCAAGUCAGCAAAGCUUGUCCGCCAACUGCUCGACCUCAUCAAGGAAAUCCCCGAUAGCACCGAUAUCGAAAUCUCCGUCACCAAGGACUGUAUAGAAUGGGCCACCGCCGAGCGCCGCGCGUUUCAGCGACAGGACCUCGAGGUUCGCCUUGUCACUCUCCAGAUGGCAAAACAAUCCUACUACGAAGCCCUUGGUCUCAUUAACAACCUUCUUCGCGAGCUCAAGCGCCUCGAUGACAAGCUCCGACUCGUCGAAGUUCAGCUCCUCGAGUCAAGAGUUUACCACGCCCUUGGCAACAUCCCCAAGUCCCGCGCUGCUCUUACCAGUGCACGAACAAGUGCCGCCAGCGUGUACACCCCUCCGAUGCUACAGGCUAACCUCGACAUGCAGAGUGGUAUGCUUCAUGCUGAGGACAAGGACUUCAAUACCGCUUUCUCUUACUUCAUCGAGGCCCUCGAUGGCUACCACUCUCAAGACGAGAGCACCCGAGCUCAGGCUGCUCUUCAGUACAUGCUUCUUUGCAAGAUCAUGCUAAACCUCGUUGAUGAUGUCAACAACCUAAUGACUUCCAAGCAAGCCCUGAAGUACGCUGGCAAGAACCUAGAGGCUAUGAAGGCCAUCGCUCGCGCACACUCGAAUCGAUCACUGGAGGAGUAUGAGCGAGCACUUUCUUCUUACCGAUAUGAGCUCGGUAGCGACGCUUUCAUCCGCAAUCACCUUCGCCGCCUCUACGAUGCUAUGUUGGAGCAGAAUCUCAUCAAAGUCAUCGAGCCUUUCUCACGCGUCGAAAUCGACCACAUUGCCAGAAUGGUUGGCCUUGACACUCAGCAGGUUGAGCGAAAGCUGUCUCAAAUGAUCUUGGACAAGGUUAUUAUCGGUGUUUUAGACCAGGGCGCUGGUUGUCUCAUCAUCUUUGACGAGACGCACCGAGAUGAGUCCUAUGAUGCGGCUCUGGCAACAAUCGAGAAACUGAGCAGUGUGGUGGAUGUACUCUACACGAACCAAGCUUCCAUGCUGGAAUAG